AUGGGGACUAGUAUUACUAAAAUUAUAGCCAAGAGAUCACCAAAGCCGGGGCUCUAUAGAGCUGAUGUUCAACCGGAGUUGUGGGAUGCCAUAGCGCUUCGAGAUGUCCAACUCAUAGCCCCAUCAGCAGUAAAACUUGGUGACACAGUGCUUCUCGGCUGCAAGUGGACUCUAGAAGGAAAUGAAACAUUAUAUAGUGUAAAGUGGUAUAGAGGGAGGCAGGAGUUCUUCAGUUAUCUGCCUAAGGAGUAUCCAUUCACAAGGAUCUUUGCGCAACCUGGGAUCGAUGUUGACGUGUCAAGAUCGACAUCCCAGCAAGUGGUGUUACGUGAGGCGACUCGAGCACUCGCCGGCAGAUAUCGCUGUGAAGUGUCAGCCGAUGCACCCUCCUUCCACACACAAGUGCGGUCAGCAUACAUCCAUGUCGUUGUUGGCGUAGUGGCUGGACAACUGGCUGCUGGGCAACGUGUCGCAGGUUCGAUACAAGCGCGGGACAACACUUUGUGUGUUCCAUAA